AUCAAAGGAGACUGCCAAGUUGCGGAAGUGCGCGCUCUGUCUGCAGAGAAUGACACCUUGAAAUGCAUUAGGACCUUGAAGAAACUAGCUUAUUACUUAAUUAUGAGCGCAGCCGGUAUCGACCAAUAACAUGAGUUGGAGUUGGGGAUGUGCUAAUGAAAAAAGAUCUGUUCCACUGAACUGACGCUGUUUCGAUUUCAGUAGUUACCAGCGUUGUCCUGAGCGAGACCAAUCGUUAUUUCCAUGCGUCUGGAUUGGUCGGCUGGCACGUUUCUCGAGUUAUGGGCGCAUUACAGUCAUUAUCUGAUGAACCAGAAUACAGAGAAUUGGCAGAGAAGACGGGCUUUUCCUUCGAGCAAAUUGGAAUCCUGCACAAAAGAUUCAAGCAGUUGAGCCACAAUGAAGACAUGCUGAGGAGAGCUGACCUCGACACAAUUCCAGACCUGGCAUGCAAUCCAAUCCGCACCCAAAUUAUAGAGGCCUUCUUUGACAAAAGAAACUUCCAUCAGAAUGGUGACGGGACGGUCGAGGAGAUCAGCUUUGAGGAGUUCCUUGUGGUGAUGUCCCACUUCAGACCUCCAGCACUGAACAUGACAGAGGAUCAGAGAGAGAAGGUCAGGAGGGAGAAACUCCGCUUCCUGUUUAACAUGCACGACACAGACAACGAUGGAACAAUCACUCUGGAGGAGUAUCGACAUGUAGUGGAGGAGCUGCUGUCUCGGAGCGGAGCCCUGGGGAAGGAAACGGCUAAAGGAAUAGCAGACGCUGCCAUGCUGGAGGUGGCCAGUAUUUCCAUAGGUCACAUGGAACCAGAUGAGUUUUACGAGGGGAUCACUUUUGAACAUUUUCUAAAGAUACUGAAAGAUAUUGAGAUCGAGACGAAAAUGAACAUUCGCUUUUUGAAUAUGGACACGACGACCCUGUGCAAGUGAGGAUCUUCCACUUUAUUUUAUUACUGUGAUCCACAAGCACUCUUCUAUGGUCUUUUUAUUUAGUGGUCAGAUAGGGCAUACUUUACCUUCUCAGACCAACUAUUACAAAGCUCUGUUUUAAUAGUUUUGAGUGACGGUUUAAGCUUCUACUAUCUAUUAGCCUCUAACACACACUUUAUGUUUUUACAAAUUUAUUGGAUAAAAAAAUAUUUAUGUGCAACUAUGCAAAUAUACACAGAUUAGCAGUAGGUAUGUUAUGAAUUUAGCAUGCCUGUAUCUAUCACUCCAUAUUUUAUGCAAGAGUAUUCACAAUGCUCUAAAUGCCAUGAAUCAAUAAUAGAUUCAAUAAUAAUGCAACAAUCCAGUAAUAACAAUCUAAUAAAGCGAUAGCCAAUUAUGGAGCUCCAUGAUUGAAGUGAAUGCAAUUUACCUCCUAGUAUAUCUAGGGCACUGUGUGGAAUAAGCUACAAACAUUUGCACGCCUCUUCUAUACUGUCAUGCACACCUAAACUGUUUUGCUGCCACUGCCAUCAGUUUGGAAUCAAAACAGGUUAGAAUUUUCAUGUUCAUUAAAAAGUCACUGACCAAUAGAAACAAAGUACUUAUUUCCAAAGUUUAACUGACCAGCCUAGCAGUAUAGCAUACUGCACAUGUCCUGUGGCAAGACCCUCCUCAUAUUGAGAUAGUAGUUUCAAGUAAAAUGUGCGUUAGACUUGUGCAAAUGUUUUAAGAAUCAAGCCCACACAAACAAGCAUUUGUUGACUGUUAGAAAUGGAAACAAUGAUAUGCAACUUGUCUGUGCUGCCCUGUAGAGACCAAAGAAUGUGAAGUCUAUCCCAUUCCCACAUUUAAUCAUCUCUAUACUGCCUAUUUUAUUGUUUGGUUUGUGUUUGAUGCCAUUCCAUUUGCUCCAUUCCUGCCAUUUAUUAUGAGUCGUCCUCCCCUCAGCAGCCUCCUGUGGACUAAAUGGCAUGCAGUCAUUGAAUUAAUUUGGCCUUAAAAUACAUUUGAUCUGCAACUGAUUAAGUAGGCACCAGCAAAUACUGCAGCCUGCCGAUAUCUUGAUUGCAUCUACAGAUUUUAGCAUGUCUUGGUGUUUAAAUUUCCAUGCACACUGUAUAUUUGUACUGUAAAAUACAAUAUUUUCAUUCCGAUUUGGGAUGUUACUGUAGCAAGGAAUAAUGUAAAUGAUGUGGCCUUCUCUUUUUAUUGAGAACAUUAAAAUAGGAAACUGCUCACCAAAAGUUAUGUACUGUAGGGAUUGGGGUGUGUUUUAGUUUUGCUUUUAAGAAAAUAAUUGUAUUAUCAGACAGCCUUGGAGAGGGAUCUAUAAUGACUUGAACUUGAAUUUGCUUUGUGCUUAAUCAAAUCAAGUGGGGGCAGCACAUAGCCUUGGGGCUAGAGGCGUGAGCCAGCAACCGGAGGGGGGUUCCGCUUUGGGCUGAAUGUGUCAAUGUUUUGUUCAUUUGAAAUCGACUGUUUUUCUGGAAGCUUUAUAUAUAUAUAUAUAUAUAUAUAUAUAUAUAUAUAUAUAUAUAUAUAUAUAUAUAUAUAUUAGUUGGACCUUGUUUGCAAUUGACCAAUAAAGUGAUAUUAAUCAUAGUGAAUUUAUGUAAUUACCUUCUAAAAAAACUUUAAAGACAUUCCCUGUA